AUCAUACAAAACCCUAACGAAAGCACAAGCUUCGCUUCCUUUUUUUUGUGUCAUCUUCAUUUGCAGCCGCAUCUGCUCCACUCCGCCCCAUUCUCUCACAUCCAACAUGAAGUUCAACAUCGCAAACCCAACUACUGGGUGCCAAAAGAAGCUCGAAAUCGACGAUGACCAGAAGCUCCGAGCAUUUUUUGACAAGAGGAUUUCACAAGAGGUCAGCGGAGAUUCUCUUGGAGAGGAAUUUAAGGGCUAUGUUUUUAAAAUCAUGGGAGGUUGUGACAAGCAAGGAUUCCCAAUGAAGCAGGGAGUGUUAACUCCUGGUCGUGUCCGUCUCUUGCUUCACAGAGGAACUCCUUGCUUCCGUGGGCACGGUAGGCGCAACGGAGAACGGAGGAGGAAAUCUGUACGUGGAUGCAUUGUCAGCCAAGACCUUUCUGUUCUGAACUUGGUUAUUGUGAAGAAGGGUGAGAAUGACCUUCCUGGUCUGACUGACACUGAGAAACCAAGAAUGAGAGGUCCAAAGAGGGCAUCUAAGAUCCGUAAACUUUUCAAUCUCUCAAAGGAGGAUGAUGUUCGAAAGUAUGUCAACACCUAUCGUCGAACAUUUACCACAAAAGCUGGGAAGGAAGUAAGCAAAGCUCCCAAGAUUCAGAGGUUGGUCACUCCAUUGACUUUGCAGAGGAAGCGAGCAAGGAUUGCAGAUAAGAAGAAGAGAAUUGCCAAGUCCAAGGCAGCUGCUGUUGAGUAUCAUAAACUCCUUGCCUCAAGAUUGAAGGAGCAAAGAGAUCGUCGUAGCGAGAGCUUAGCCAAGAAAAGAUCCAGGCUCUCUGCUGCAUCUAAGCCAUCUAUUGUGGCUUAGGUUCAUGCAUCUCUUAAGCUAGGUCCAUGCUCUCUCAAGUCUAGAAAUUUUGGUUAAAAGAUGAGUAUCAAUGAAAUUUUCUGAUAUUGUUUUCCUGUUUUGUGAACGUACUCUAUGUUGCUUUUUUCAAUGGAUUUUUCGUCGUAUUACAUGUUGAUGGUUUCUUGUAAUGGAGAUUUUUUUAAUGUUGCAUAGUAAUUUACCUAUAA